AUAUACUACUGCUUAUUGAUUAAUUACCUACAUUGAAGUUAUAUUUAAAUUACUAGUGAAAUUCUUUAAUUUGUAAAGCAUACUAAAUAAUGCUCUUACUCAUUGUUUGUAGCAUAGUAUUUCUACAAUGUCUUGGAAUGCAAUUCGGUAGGAAUCUCUUCAACAAAGUUUGGUUAAUUCUAAUGUUGUUUUUUUUAUCAUUAUCGCUACCAUUCUAGUUGCUGGAGAAUUUCUUCAAGGAAGUUAUGAAGUGAUUAGUGAUAAUAUGGAUCCAGACCUUUAUUAUGGAAGAUUAUGUUCAAAAUGCAGAGCAUUUUAUGGAUCCUUUCUACGCUACUUUUUGGAUUAUGAUCAACUUUUUAAAGUGCAGUCUGCUUUAGUAGCUUUCUGUGAAACUCUUGGACCAAUUCGUGAUCAUUGCGCAUCUUUAUUCACUUUUACAAUGUUUAAACUCAUCAAUAAAUCAAUUGCUACUAUUGAUCCAGUAAAAUCUUGUGCGGGAUGGUAUUUAUGCUACAAGAAGUCGACGUAGCUGAUGCCUGUCUAAAUGAGCGGGUCAAUCGUGUGGAGAAUAAAACAAAUUGACAUUGCUAUGACUGUAAAAUCAAUACUUUUUCGUAAAUAAAAAAAACUAUUUUCCCUCUUUUCUACUAUUAAUUGAUAAAAUUUAAAUAGC